GCUGUCGCUGCCGCUGCCACCGCCUCCGCCGCCGACGCCGCCUCACAGCUCGCGGCAGUCACUUUGUGUCGCGCGGCGCAAGCGGCCCGCAGGCCCCGACCUCGCGUCCAGCCCACGGCUCGAUCCGCUUGGCGCGUGUGGAAGGAGCCCAGCCUGCUGAUUUCCUAGUGCUGGUCUCACCUAUUUUUCUCUGAGGAGUCCAGCAAAGCCACCUGUCCUUUCAUCCUGCCCAUCAAAGGCCCACAGUGUGUUUCUGCUGGGGCCUCACGUCUGACAGUUCCUGCUCGCCUGGCCCAUGUAUAUGGAGGACUGGGCUGAGCAGAAGCUCACUCACAGGGACAAUGGCAGCCCUUCAUACCGUACCGGAUUCACCAGCCACCCAGCUCGAGAGGGUGACAGACGGGUCUGAAUGUGAUCCUGACCAGGAGGAGGAGGAGGAGAAGGGGAAAGACAUGGAGGAGGUGGAAGAGGAGGAGGAGGAAGAGGAGAUAGCCAUAGAAGAGGAGGCAAAGGAAGUGGCGGAUGUUGUGGAGGAGGCCGAGGUGCAGGAGGUGGCAGAGGUGGAGGUGGAGGCAGAGUUUGAGGAGGAUGAUGAUGAUGAUGACAAUGAUGACGACAACCACGACGAUGAUGACAAUGUAGAGGAAGUGCUGGCAGAGGAGCAGAGUUCAGGGUUGGGGACCCAGGAGCAACUUAGCCAUGGUGGUGACGCCAAGUUCCCAGUUCGGGGAAAGGCCCCACAGACAUGCUGCAUUCCAGCAGCUGCUCAGGAUGAGGAUCUGGAGGAAGAAGAAGAGGAGGAUGAGGAUGAUGAUGAGGAUUUCCUGACAGCUGGGUCUCAGGGGUUGAUGACCUUUGAAGAUGUGGCAGUGUACUUCUCCCUGGAAGAGUGGGAGAGGCUGGAUGCAGAUCAGCGGGGCCUCUACCAGGAAGUGAUGCAGGAGAACUAUGGGAUCCUGGUGUCCUUGGGAUACCCAGUCCCUAAGCCAGAUUUGAUCUUCCGCCUGGAACAUGGGGAAGAGCCUUGGGUCCCAGAUAGCCCCCAUCCUGAGGAGGGGGACAUUGUCACUGGUGUCUACACAGGAGCCUGGUACUGGACCGAUGACAUGGAGGACCAUGAGGAGGAAGAUGAUGAGGACUUCCUGGCAGAGAUUGCAGAGGAGGAAAAUGAACCCCCAGGGUUGUGGUCUGCAGCCUAUGGUGUGGGAGAUGUGCCAGGGACAUGGGGCCCUGAUGACUCGGAUUCUGCACAGACUCCAGAGGGCUGGGGAUCUGACUCUGGCAAUCUCGAGGUCCUGACGGAAGAGUCCGAGGAAAAGCCCUUCCUGCCUGGCCAAGAGCCAGGAAUAAACUUGGUGACACCCUGGGCCUACCCCACAGUGGUGGCUGCACCAACUGGGCGGCCGGAGACCACAUGUGAUGUGUGUGGCAAAGUGUUCCCACACCGUUCUCGAUUGGCCAAGCACCAGCGCUACCACGCAGCCGUUAAGCCCUUCGGCUGUGAAGAGUGCGGCAAGGGUUUUGUGUACCGCUCGCACCUGGCCAUCCACCAGCGCACGCACACAGGCGAGAAGCCUUUCCCUUGCCCAGACUGUGGUAAGCGCUUCGUUUACAAGUCGCACCUGGUCACGCACCGGCGCAUUCAUACAGGUGAGCGACCCUACCGUUGCGCCUUCUGUGGUGCAGGCUUUGGGCGCCGCUCCUACUUGGUCACGCACCAGCGCACGCACACAGGUGAGCGGCCUUACCCUUGCGCACACUGUGGCCGCAGCUUCAGCCAGAGCUCAGCCCUCGCGCGGCACCAGGCAGUGCACACUGCCGACCGGCCACACUGCUGCCCUGACUGUGGCCAGGCCUUCCGCCUACGCGCUGACUUCCAGCGCCACCGGCGUGGUGGUGGCUGCACAGAGCCCGGUGGCAGUGACAGCGUGCGUCGGGAGCCCUGUGAAGCACCUGCAGCGGGGCCAGCAGGGCCGGAGGAAUGUGAGACUGCACCUGAGGGACCCCAAGAGCCAGAGGCCAAUGAGACAGACAAGGACCCCGAGAACGAAAUGAGGGAGGAGGUGGCAGCUGCAGAGGUGCCUGCCCCUGAGAACAAGAAAGACUCUGAGUCGAGCAGACGGUUCCUGGAGAUGGGCAAUGGCUUGGGCGAGGGCGAAGGCCCCUCUUCACACCCUCUUGGCCUCCACUUUCCUGUGCACCCCAAGUCCUGGCUGCACCCAGAUGGCUUCCAGAUCCUAGGCCUUCCAGAUUUCGGGGAGCGUCUGUCUGCCGAUGGCCGGGCCCUGCCGGGACCGCUGGGAAGCCCGCUUGUGCUGGCAGAGGCUGCGGGACUGGGUCGAGACCCAUUCAGCGGAGGUGGGGCCGGGGCCGGCUUGGGCCUGCGCAUGUUUGCACCCACCGUCGGGGGGCUUCUGGCUGAGCCGGCUCCCGCUGCGAUGGCUGAAGAGGAGACCCCGUGGAUCUGCUCGGACUGCGGCAAGACCUUCGGGCGCCGCGCGGCGCUAGCCAAGCAUCAGCGCUACCAUGCAGGCGAGCGGCCACACCGCUGCGCCGACUGUGGCAAAAGCUUUGUAUACGGCUCGCACCUGGCGCGCCACCGACGUACGCACACGGGCGAGCGCCCCUUCCCCUGCCCUGAGUGCGGCGCACGCUUUGCUCGUGGCUCUCAUCUGGCGGCGCACGUGCGCGGCCACACUGGCGAGAAGCCAUUCGUGUGCGGUGUGUGUGGCGCGGGCUUUAGCCGCCGUGCGCAUCUGACAGCGCAUGGGCGUGCGCACACUGGGGAGCGGCCCUAUGAGUGCGCUGAAUGUGGCCGCCGCUUUGGGCAGAGUGCAGCGCUGACGCGGCACCAGUGGGCGCACGCCGAGGAGAAGCCGCACCGCUGCCCCGACUGCGGCAAGGGCUUCGGCCACAGCUCGGACUUCAAAAGGCAUCGGCGCACACACACGGGCGAGAAGCCCUUCCGCUGCGCUGACUGCGGCCGUGGCUUUGCACAGCGGUCCAACCUGGCCAAGCAUCGGCGUGGCCACACAGGCGAACGGCCCUUCCCAUGCCCCCAGUGUGGCAAGCGUUUCUCGCAGCGCUCUGUGCUUGUGACGCACCAGCGCACGCACACGGGCGAGCGGCCCUACGCGUGUGUGCAUUGUGGUCGCCGCUUCUCGCAGAGUUCGCACCUCCUCACGCACAUGAAGACCCACCGAGGCACUGCUGGCACGCCUGGGCAGACCGGGGCAACGACGACCCCCGUGCCGAAAGUUGAGGCACCCACCAGCGGGCAGCCGAGUGCCGGCUCUGCGCCUGGGGAACUUGGGAGCACGCUGCUGGAGUUUGCGGGCGGGACGAGCUUCGGCUCUGAGGCGGCGUUUGCGGGGCCCUCGGCCGCCUAUGAGGAGAGCUAGGCCGUCGGCUCCAUGCUAUACUCCUCUGGCCUCCAGUCAUUGAGGUUCCCUGUCCUGGGCACAGUGCCUUCCCUGGUGCAGUGUCUCCUGCUCCUUUUAGGACGUCGGGGUCCCCUCCUGCUGGCCCCUAACUCGAGAAGUGGUGUGGGGAGCAUUUGGGAGCUGAACAUCACAGAGGUUGGCCAGGGCAAGGCUACCGCCCAGACCCACCUAGACUGCAACAUCCUCGGGUCCAAGUUGGAAGCAGAGCGGUUGGGAUGGCGGGUGUGGUUUAUUUAUUUUAUUUGGAUUUCAGUUUGGCCCUGAUAACAAGUGACUUUGGAGUUUGCAGUCGGGUUUGACAGCAAGGAUAGGGUGAGGUGGCCGAGGGUCCAGCAGCCCGCUGCUCGGGUGGGUGAUUCAGUGCUGAUUUUGUGUCACCUGUGGAUCUGGCUGAUGAGUUCUUUCCAUUCACUCAUCAGUGAGAGAUUCGGGGAUCUGCGGGACGUCGGAGUGUCUGGGGAAUUUUAAGAACAGCUCUUUGCAAUGAGGAGGUGUAUAGGUUUCCAAAAGGUGGGGCUCCUCCCCAUCUAAGGAGAUAGAGAUGGGUAUGGGAAGGCUUUAUUCUGUCUACUGGACAUUUAUUUCCAUCUCUCUGUAAGGCUUGAAGAAUAUGGGAGGAGGGGGGAGGAGGAAAAAAUGCUGGAAACCAAAAGUGUGGCUUGGAUGGGUGAGAUGCACAUAUUAGCAGGGUCCACAAGGAGUCUGAAGCCUUCUCCAGCCUCACACUCACUGCUCCCAUCCAUCAGCACAGAGAUGGGCCAGGUCUAGCUGGCAGGUGCAGUUUUUAGUCCUUUACCCUCCCAUCUCAUCUCUGGCAGUUAGAGGUGGCACAUUCAGUAAUCCUGAGUGCCCUAUGCACACGAACAGAUCUGGUCUCCUGGACUGCUGCUUCUCUGGGAACAGGGGGUCACAUGGAGUCCUGUCCUCUUGAGGCCACUGCUCAGAUAGCGUAAAACACUGAGACUGGGCCACAGGUCUUUCCCCAUGUCCCACGAGAGCCAGAGAACCUCCAUAGGUCCCUUUAGCUCUACUUCUGCCAUUCUACACCAGAAGCAAGUAGUGUACGUGUCUAGAUUCUUGUUCACAUGGGUCAGUGAUGACGCUGAGGACCUGGAAGCUCCCAUGAUGGCUGGAGGAAUGGAGAUCUGAGUUUGUAACACCCAGGAUCCUUAUGGGUGGACAUCCCACCUCCAGUUAGGGCUUUUGAGAGCAUUAGCCAGCAGCUGUGGCAGUGGUGGCAAACUUACAGCACGUGUGUCACAGCCAGCUGAAUCAUUGAAAACUAAAAGGUUCACCAUCACUGAGUUGGGCAUGGUUCAUGUGAGGCCCCUUCCUUCUUGCUUUUGGGGCUGGGACUAGAGAACUGAGAUUUUGAAGUACCUGCAUUCCCUCUUAGACCUAGUUUUUCCAUUUUAGUGUAGACAUGGCCUUGAGGGCUGCGGGCCAGCAGCUAGGGCACUAGGGGCCGGGCAAGGUAGGAGAUAGUGGGUGGGAGGUAGGACUAGCCAGGCAUUGAGAACUAGCCUGGCCACAUGAGGUUGCAGGUUGGGCUGGUGAGGAAGGCCGGGGGGGGGGACCUAGGAAGGCAUCGGCACUGGGCCAUGGCCUGUCUCAGGUGUCUCCCCUUCUUAUGUUUUCUGGAUCACAAACCUCCCAAAGGGCCAAAGGCUGAGGCAGCUGGGUAGCUUAGGGCAUUUCAGGCACUAUCGUACAUGGCCCAUCCGUGCAGCAUUCAUUCCUGGCCCUCUGGGGCCCCAGCUGCUUCUACCCUGUCCUGGAUCAGUCAGCAGGAGGACCUAGCUUUAAUAAAGAGUGGAAAAAUAAGCUUUCUGACUGGACUCUGCUCUUUCCUUUCCUUGGUGACCAGCAAUAAGGAGGCUCCUCAGGGUGCCAGGCCUGUCUUAUUUGAGCAAACAUGUUUCAGCUGUUUGGUUUGUUUCUUUGAGACAGUCUUGCUGUGUAGUUUAGGCUGGCCUGGAACUCAUGGUGAGACUCCUGCCUCAGCCUCCUGAGUGCUGAGACUACAGACAUCUGCUACCACACAUAGCACGUUUUAGGUUUGUAAGAAACCUGCAUGGGUCACAAGAUGACGCUUGAGUCAGCCAGGAUGAAUUUGGCUGUGUGUUGCCUGUGCUUCCCAGGUCUUGCUGGGCUACCCUACCACUGCCACAUCUGUGAAAUACUUCGUCCUACAUGACUGGGGUUAUUUUGGCUACCCUUCUCAUAGUCAAAGAGACACAUACUCGAGCCUUUCCUCAAGUACCCAGCGUAGUGCAAAUUUAUCCAGGGCUCACCCAGUGUGUGCCAGUGCAGGGUGCAUCCCCACAGCCCCAGGACACCUUCUUUAAAUGAACUUGACUUUUUUUCACUGUAUAGUAUCCCUGCAGUCAGAUCUGACUCCCAUACUGCUAAUAUGGAUUUGAAAAAUACGAACUAUGAAAUGUUUUCUUUACAAAUGUGAUUUGGGGAUACCACACCAGAGCAACCUAGUAUUUCAAUGAAAAAACAAAACCGCCUCAGAGUGGUGGGUGAAUAGUAAGACCUAGUUAAAGACAGAAGGCCUUGGAAAUGCUAAAAGUCCACAUAGCAAAUCUGAAUCCCUGAUAUGGCUCAGGAUGGUCCUACCAACCACUUUUAAGUGUGGGGGAACCCUCAAUCCUAUGACCAUAAGAAAAAAAUAGAUAGCUACCUUGGUUAUUUCUCUCUUGUUGCUGAGACAAAAUACUGGACACCCAAAAUUAAGGAAGGAAAGGCUGUUUGUGGAGGUUUCAGUCCUAAUCAGUUGAUUCCAAGGCAGGAUGGCAUGGUGAGGGGCAGCAAAUCAAGGUGACAGGAGACAGAAAAGCAACAAGGACAAAAAGUUGGGGGUGGGAGAAGGAAGCUGCUUUUUCUCCCUUAAAUUGUGAGCACGCUACCCACCCUUGGGUAGGUGUAGCACCCAUACCAUCCCCAUACCCUCCUCUUGCACAGGCUCAGGAUGUUCACAAAGUGAGGACCCUGGGCCCCUGCUGAGUCACUUAAUGGCCAAAGUUUGCAAGUUGACCCAAUGUAUCAACCAUAAUGCCCUCCACUGCAGAGAGGAAGGAAACCCCAAUGGCCUGUAAAAUGGGACCUACGAAGGUGUCUCUUGGAGAGUCACAAGGCCUGAGUGUCUCCAUCUCUGUUGUUUUUCUUUCCUGCCUGUAUUCCUUCAACCUCUUCCUGAUUCCUUUUCUCCUUUUUCUCUAUUUCUUCAAACAUUUCCAUGUCUGUUUUCAUUCUCUAAUUGACUACAUAUGGAAUAAAGAAUUUCAAAAUUUUGUGUUAUAUUUA